GGGUGAUUUAAGAUCAAAAAUGCUCGGUGAGAUAUGUAUUGCUAUAAUAUCGAGAUUUUCGUAACAUUUUGGUAGAGUUGGAACUUAAUCUGUGAAUUUUUUUUUAUAUUAUGGUUUAAAUUAUAAAUUAUUGUUAUCGAUUACUUUAUUUUUGUUCAGUUACAUAAUCGGCAAAAUCGAUUAUGAUAAUACCAAUAUACAUAAUAUUUGAUAAAUAAUAAGACAAAUGUUUAGUCGUAAUAUGUAUUCAUUAGGUGUUCGUAUUAUUUAAAAUAUAUAACGAUAGCGAACUGUUAUAAAAUCAGUGUAUAUUUCAAGUAAAUCGUAAACGAUUAAAAAUGUAAUAUUCUUAUCAUAAUGAUAAAGCUAUCAAGUUGCCGGGGUUACGGCGUUGGUUCAAAGCACGGUGUCAUAAAAAGACUAGAUACAAAACGUGCGUAAAACUCUGAACUCACUAUACCUAAACAUUAUGCAAUCGUAACGUAAUUAUUAUGUAAAUAAACACAAAUCAAGCGGUUAAAGAAAAAACCAUCGGUCGUACUAAUUUUUUUUUACCAUUUAAUAACAAUUAUAACACUCAUUAUUCAGCCCAAAAUUAUAAUACAUAAUAACAAUGGUAAGUAGGACUGGGCUUUAUGCCAGUGUUGUGAAGGAUGAUUUCAAAGAUAUAAAUCAGAAAGAUGACAUAAUUGAUAUUACCGGAGUAUCGUGCAACCCAGCGCCAAUUGUAUUGAAGCCAUUGGCAUCAUUGUACAAUCCAUAUCCAUAUGGUUGUUCAGUGUUGUGCAAUCAUCCACUGGAUAGUGAAAUUAAAGAUCUUGUAAAAAAGGCUAAGGACGCUUUGGCAUUGGACCCUAAGUCACCACAUCGCUAUCCUGAUGUCGAUGAAAUUAACAUUAUCGUACCAGAGGAGCUGUUCAGGAAAUAUACAGAAACAGAUUCUAGAGCUACCAGUCCUAUGCCUACAAUUGUGCCAAAAAAAACACCAGCUGAAUUAGAAAUAGACAAAUCUCGACUUGUAUUGGACUUAAAUCGAAGUAGAAGUCAACAGUCAUCGAUAAAAUUUUCGGGUGUUGUGGGACAAGAUUUUUGCGAAGUGUUGUCUUUAUGUCAUGGUUCUGUACUUCAUAUACCAAAAUAUUUUCGUCCAAAUUAUACAACCAGUAUUUUAGGACGAAAAUUAGAAGUUAAAAAAGAAGUAUUAAAAAAACGACCUCGACAUCAAAUCACUAUCACAGAAAAACAAGCAGACAACAUCGCCGUUAAUUUGCGGCAUUUAGAUUUACCUGGUGCUUAUGAUGUGCAAAAAGAUACAGAAGAAAACAAAGAAGUGACUUGGAGAAGAGGAAAACCUAUUAAACCAGGAAAAAAAAACAAAAAAAAAUCAGAAAAAAAGAAAUCAGGGCAACAUAAUAAAGAAUUUAAAGGAGUCCAAGACCCAUUAGAAACUCAAGUGUCAACUAUAAAUCAAAAUUCAUUGAAUGGUAGUAUAAUUGCUGAAAAUGACGCUCAAAAAAUUGAAGAAGAGAUUAACGAAGAACCAAAAACUAGUUCAUUCAUAGACAUAGAUAUUUUAAAAGAGCUUCAAAGAGAAUUGCACUUACUUGACGUCGAAAAUGAAUUUGACGUGAAGAAACACAUGGCAUUAAAAGAAGCAUACAAAAUGCAACCAAUAUUAAUCAAUCAAGAAGUAAAUACUGAGUUAGAGGCAUUAAAACGUAAAUUAGGAGUUAAUACAGAGGUAGUUUUACCAGGUUUACCGAGAACAUUUUCUAGAAAGAACAUUAGAUUCGAAUUACCAUUAGAUAGAAAAAGCUUAAAAGAUAUGAAACCGUUAGAUUAUUUGAGAAGUAAUACAAGUAUCAUUGGGAGCUGUCUAGUCAUCUAUUCAAGAGUUUUCGAAAAAUAUGACACUAACUUGGAGACGAGAACGAUUCAUGAAAAUAAACUCAUAUCUGCGUUAGGCGAAGUGAUGGGUCGACCAUUUUCCAGCCAGGAAGCUACAGAUUUACAUCAGAUAAUUGGAUGGUCUAGUGGUCAAAUUCUGACAUAUCGUGAAUGGUGUGGUUUGUGUGGCGCAGCAGAACGUCUUUUAGGACAUCGUUUUGUUCCUCAGCCAUUGAGUAAAGCCCAAGAUCCCUGUAAUGAAGUGGAAAACGCUGAUUUCGCAUUGUUAGACAGGUGGCUUCAAGAUUUGUCUCCAAAUAAUUCAGUGUAUAAAUUAUUAACUCUAAUUAAAAACACUUAAGUAACUUUAAUUUUUGUUAAUUUUCAAUGAAACAUCAUCAUGUUUACGACUUUGUAUAUUUUUUCGGUGUCCAAAAUAGUUUUAUUAAUUUUAAUCAAUGUAUCAAUUUCGUCAAUGUAUCAAUCUACUAAUAUGUAAAAGGUAAAUAGUAAACGAUUGCCCAUCAAUAGGACUAUUUGCUUACAUUUGUGUUAUUUGUGAGGUAUAUUCUAAAACUAAGGGGCAUUCCUAUCAAAGCAUAUAUUAUUAAUUACGCACUAAUAAAAAGGUGAUCUGCUUUGCUUUACAUUCUUCUUUA